AUGGCGGACCGCAAAGCGCUCAACCACUACUACCCUCCGGACUUUGAUCCAUCCAAGAUCCCACGUCGCAAAGCACCCAAGGACGCCCAGCAAACCGUCCGACUCAUGGCCCCCUACUCGAUGCGAUGCAACUCCUGCGGCGAGUACAUAUACAAGGGCAAGAAGUUCAACGCCCGCAAAGAGCUCGUGCUCGGCGAAGACUACUACGGCAUCAAGAUCUUCCGCUUCUACAUCCGCUGCACCCAGUGUUCCGCCGAGAUCACCUUCAAGACCGACCCCAAGAAUGCGGAUUACACGGCUGAGCACGGGGCCAGCAGGAAUUUCGUUCCCACAAAAGAGGACGAUGAAGAAGGGGAGGAGGAAAAGCUGUUGACGGAGGAGGAGAAGCUGGAGAGGAAGCUGGAAAAGAUGGAGGGGGAUCCGAUGAAGCAGUUGGAAGCGAGGACGUUGGACUCACGGAGAGAGAUGGAGAUCCUGGAUGCGCUGCAAGACAUUCGAACGCGCAACGCCCGACUCGAACGCGUGGAUACAGAUGCAGUUCUCGCCAAACUGCACGAUCGAUCCACAGGUCCAUCUCCAGCGGUCACCGCAGAAAGUCUCGAAGAGGAGGAACACGCAAGAGCGGCAGAGGAAGAUGAAGCCCUCGUGCAAAAGUAUUUCGGCAGAGCGCUCGAUUCGACCGGUUCGAACGGAAACGGUGUUGCGGUCAAGCGCAAGCUGGAAGACGAAGAUGCCGAACCCGACGUGCACGACCUGCUAGCGAUGAAGGCUGCGGCUGCGACGAACGUUGUAGCGAAACCACCAUCCACGACGCUAGCAGCAUCGAUACCUGCGGUGAAGAAGAAGAAGAACGCACCGAAUGCCUUUGGUCUGGUGCGCAAGCAGAAGUGA